CGGAGCCGGGAUGGCGAAGAGCCGUGGGGUGAACGGGCUGGGCGCGCCCGGGAGCCGCGAGAGCCUGGCCGGGGCCCCAGGGGAGGCGGGCGCCGGGGACGAGCUGAGCUCGCUGGGCUCCGACUCCGAGAUCAACGGCGGCGGUGGGGAGCGGCGCGUGGACAAGUUCGGCUUCAUCGUGGGCAGCCAGAGCGCCGAGGGGCCGCUGGAGGAGGUGCCGCUGGAGGUGCUGAGGCAGAGGGAGUCCAAAUGGCUGGAUAUGCUCAAUAACUGGGACAAAUGGAUGGCCAAGAAGCACAAGAAGAUCCGGCUGCGCUGCCAGAAGGGGAUCCCGCCCUCCCUGCGGGGCCGGGCAUGGCAGUACCUCUCAGGGGGCAAGGUCAAGCUGGAACAGAACACUGGCAGGUUUGAUGAGCUGGAUCUCUCGCCAGGGGACCCCAAGUGGCUGGAUGUGAUUGAGCGGGAUCUCCACAGGCAGUUCCCAUUCCAUGAAAUGUUUGUGUCUCGGGGAGGACACGGGCAGCAAGACUUGUUCCGGGUGCUGAAGGCCUACACGCUGUACCGGCCGGAGGAGGGAUACUGCCAGGCCCAGGCUCCCGUCGCAGCAGUGCUGCUCAUGCAUAUGCCUGUGGAGCAAGCCUUCUGGUGCCUGGUGCAGAUCUGCGAGAAGUACCUCCCCGGCUACUACAGCGAGAAGCUGGAGGCCAUCCAGCUGGAUGGGGAGAUCCUCUUCUCACUGCUGCACAGAUUCGCACCCAUGGCUUACAAGCACUUGAGCAAGCAGAAGAUCGACCCCAUCCUGUACAUGACGGAGUGGUUCAUGUGCGCCUUCUCCAGGACCCUGCCGUGGAGCUCCGUGCUGCGUGUCUGGGACAUGUUCUUCUGUGAAGGGGUGAAGAUCCUGUUCCGGGUCGGCCUGGUGCUGCUGAAACACACGCUCGACUCCUCCGAGAAGCUCAAGUCUUGCCAGGGGCAAUACGAGACCAUGGAGAGGCUGAGGGCGCUGAACCCCAAGAUCAUGCAAGAGGCCUUCCUGGUGCAGGAGAUCAUAGAGCUGCCGGUGACGGAGCGGCACAUUGAGCGGGAGCACUUAAUCCAGCUGAAAAAGUGGAAGGAGACCCGUGGGGAGCUGCAGUGCAGGUCUCCCCCACGCCUGCAUGGCGCCAAAGCCAUCAGCGACUCGGAGCCACAUUCCCGCAAGGCGCUGGACCCUUCGCCCUCCAUUAUCCUGGCCCCCGGCCAGGCGCUCCCACCCAAGGGCCGCAAGAACAAGGAGAAGAAACGAGACCAAGGAAAAGUCAAGCCGGCCAAUGGCCCCAACCCUGAGGAGAACGGAGCCCAGGCCUUCGUUGAGCCUGGGGCCUCCCCGCAUCACCAGUCCAAGGACAGCCUGAGCUCCCGCGAGAGCGAGGACACCUACUUGUAAUGGGGUCACAGCACAUUCUGACUCCGCGGUGGCAGAGCGCCCAGGGCUGCCACCUCUGUGCCUGAGGGGCCAGCCAGCUGGGCCUAGACUCAGGAUUGAUUCCCUGCUGCUGCCAAAGUGGGGAGCAGGGUGUGUCUGGGGGCCUCUCACCUGCCACUCUGGGUGCCGGGGGGAGGAGCCUUAUCUGUGGGAGUUAAGUUUUUAUUUAUUGUUUGGCUGCAGCUGAUUUGCAGAGCAGAGACCAAGGGAGCCGGGCUGUGCCUGGGGUGACCAUUCAGACCUGUAGGCAAAGGGCGGUGAUCGUGCGUCUGCCCGAGGUCUGAAUGCGUCUUUUCCUUCCAUUGGGAGGCUCAAAGCCCUGUUCCCAAGAAAGGUCUGGGGCCUGGCUGGCUGCUCCAACGGGGGCUGGCUGAUGUUUGAAAUAAGCUGAUGAAUCGACCUGAGGCAGAGCAGGGGGCAGAAUCGAUCUCCUCCCAGCCCAGGUGGCUUCUUUCCAUGAUGAAGUUCCCUCUAAGGAUCCCAGCUGCUGUCUUGGCUGGGCCAAUCCUCCGUCGCUGAGUGGGUUGGAGGGGUGUGUACCCAGCAGUCGUGGAGGAGCAUCCUAGGCUAGCUGCUGCACAUGCUUGGCCUGAGCUGUGGAGGAAGAGUUGAGUUGUUCUGUCCUGCCCCAGCCAGUGCUGCAGGAGUGUCUCUGUAUUGCCCAACGGGGGUGGCUCUCUUGGCCUGAGCUCGGCGGAUUCCAAACUGGCGCUGUAUCUGGUGGGGGCGGGGGGCUAAGGAGGA